UUGAUUUAUUCAUCGUGCAACACAAGGUGCUGCAGCGGCUAAAGUCGGAGCCGGAGCCGGAGCCGGAGCCGUGCACAACAAAGGUACCCAGCCAAAUGCUCCAGGUAAUAAAGGUUUCUCUUCUGCUUGAUGAUUUGCAGUCAUGACUCUGGAGAAAUCCCUGCUCUUUAAUGUGAGCGCCUGGAUAGCAGCCUUCUGCUGUCCGUGGCCAGGACCUCUGAACAUCGACUGAAGGGUCUGACAGCCCAUUCAUCCUUUUGCCCUCCCCUUCUCAAAUCAUCCAUCCGUCCAGUCACCCAUGUCGAUUUGCUAUGACAUACAUCAGCGCUGAUGAGAGGCAGGAACACUCUCGGGUGAUUUUGAGCUGCCAGAAUAAUCAGCUGUACGUGCAACAUGGCUUCAAGGAGUUCUCAGUUAGCAACAUGCAGCCCUUAAAGAACAUGGACACUCGUAUUUUCACUGGAGACCUUAAUCCUGUAAAUAAAGGAGGCAAUAAUGCAGGAACACAUCUGUAUCAGAGCAUGGAGAAUCUACACUGGGCCACGGUAGCUGAUCCAAACUGCCUCCCCCACUGUGGAAAUGUAGACAAUAAACUCAUCUUUCAUUGCAAAGGCACAGCCUCCUGUUCCAGGUAUUCCAUGGAAGAUUCCCUUACUCCCAGUUCACCUGAACGUUACCGACACUUCUCCCUUCCAUCAGGUCAAGGGAUCCCUUCAGCACCAGAUAUAGCCAUUUCCUCUUAUGCCAAAGUGCCUCCGUGGUUUCUUUCCUCCAUAAGUGGGGAUGCCAAAAAAAUCCUAAAAGAAAAACUUAGAAUUCACAGUAGUAAAGCUCCUGAGAUUUGCAAGCCACUCAGAGCUCAGCCUUCUUUGAACGAUUCGGCUGCAAGGGAACGUUCUCAAUGCCGGGCCUGCCAGCAGUAUAAGAAUGGCUGCUCCCCUAACUGUUGCACCAUAUUUGUGCAGCAUGCCACUCUUGCUCAUGCCCCAUGGGUGGCAUUAGGGAAGCAACGGCCUUGUUUCUACAGCAGGCUAGCCAGCCCAGAAGACAUCAAGCAAGAAGCCCAGAGAAGGCUGCAGAUCAGGAGGCAGAACAGCUCCCCCAACUUGACCCUGCAUUGUGCCCUUGAUAGUCAGAAAGUGAUCAAAUCCCAAACUAUGGGAUCAUUAAAUGGAGAUGGAGAGAGGGGAGACUGCAAAAGGACUCUAGAAGAGAGCAGGAAAGCUGAUUGCAAAGAGAGACUCUACAUUCCAACUUUUGAAGAGUUCAAGAGGAUGAGAAGCAAGGCAGCCCUUUUUCUCAAUGGCAAUAGUGAAAUUGUGAAGGAUAAAACAGAAGGAACCCAAAAGUUGGAGGAAAAAAGAAGUCAAAAACAGGAUCAUGUUAAAGAAGUGGUUUCAGUCACAGAUGAUGAUGAUGAUGUUGACGAUGAGGUGUUUCAUGAAAACAGCCAGAAUGCUUCCAGGUUUAUUGGCUGUGAAGAAAAUUCAUCCACGUGGGACAGAAGUUUCUGCCUAAUAAAUAUCCCUAUGGCCAGGGAUAAGAUUUCCGAAGUCCCAGCAUCAUCAGAAACUGUGCCAGUUCCCAUUUGUUCUAGCCCAGUUCCAAGAUCACCUCUGCAACCUGCUGCAGCAUUUAAGAAGGAGGGCAAGAAAGAUUUUGUGGAAGGAGAAAAGCAAGGAUUGGAUGCAAAAAACAUCAGCGAAAACCUCCACUGCACUGGACAAUCUCUGGUGCCCGAAACUCCAUCGUCUUGCUGCCCGCUGCUGUUAGACGCAACUGAUAUCUCCAGUUAUGGAGCUAAGCUUCAGAAAAUGAAGGAUGAAUUUAUAGGUACUGCUCUGGACCUCAUUAAAAAGAGCUGCACUGGUGAAAUUGCCCUUGAUCUCCCUUCCCCCAAGUCCUUUGAAAUUCAGAAAGCAGAUCACACUUUUGUGGAAGACUGUCAUCAAUCCACAAGCUCCAGCUCAAAUUGCCGCAGAUCAAGUUCUGACAUCUCCUACGAAACCCCGGUCUGCGCCAAAGUUCAGCGGGAGUGCCGGCUACGGCCUCAUUUCAGUGAUCCAAUGCCAACAGAUGCCGUAAAGAGGAAACAGCUGGAGUUGAAGAUAGCUGCAGUAGCCCGACACCAUGCCCAGAAGCGCCGGCAAGAGAGAGAAUCCAGUCCACCACUGACUAAAGCCACUGUCAAUUAUGUUGAUGAGAAUCACCAUGUCCAGAGCAGCUCUUUUCGUUCCAAGCACCGCUGGAGCAACGUUAGCAGUCUCAGUGCAGAUAGUGGAAUUGCAGGCGGGAAUGAGGAGAGAGACAAUGCUGACACCACCGUUGGAGGGGUGCCAAGGAUUAGGUCAUCCAAAAUGGAGCGGGCAGAUAGUGGUAUCAGCCAGGUGUUGGGUAGGAAGUGGAAGAACCGGGCAUCAGAAACGUUAACCUCUCUACAGGCCUGGGAAACCCAUCAACCUUGCACUGACUGUGGUGGCAGAGAUUUUCCAUUGGAAACAGAUGUCCAGAAUCAAAACAGGAAACAGGGCAUUCUCUGUGAGAAGUGCCUGAAGUGCAGGACAGAACGGAAAGAAUCAGUGUUGGAAUUUGUCAACACUGAAGCUAGUUAUGGGGAAGACCUACGCAUCAUCAAGGAGGAAUUCUAUCUCCCCAUGCAAGCAGCUGGCCUCCUAACACAAGAACAACUGUUGGUGGUUUUUAGCAAUAUCCAGGAGCUAAUUGACCUCAAUGAAAACUUUCUGGAGUAUCUUCAAGAAGAGAUUGAUCAGUCUUUUGAGCAGGGUGAUGAUGACCUCAUGACUGUGUGCAUUGGUGAAAUAUUCCUGGAGUUUGUGAACAUGCUGCCUGCAUUCCAGACAUAUUGUCUGCAGCAGCCAUCCUCCGUGAACAUGCUCAAUGCAUUGGAAAAAGAAAAAGAAUUACUCAGGAUAUUCCUCAAUGUUUCGCAGAAUGACAACACCGUCCUUCGUCGCAUGAAUCUGAGGUCCUUCCUCAUAGCUCCACUACAAAGAGUCACAAAGUAUCCCCUCCUUCUGAGCCGUAUCAUCAAAGCCACUAUGGAGUACCACCCAGAUUACAGCAGUCUGCUGGAGGCCAAAAGCCGCAUCGAGUCCCACCUGGAACACAUCAACAUGAAAACCAAGCAGGAAGGGAAUUCGUGGACUCUGCGCUCCUUCCGCCAGGACAGUAAGAAGAACAGGGAGGUGAUCAAUAUUGAAAUGAGGGAAACUGCUCUCAAAACGAUGGGCUGGCUGCGGGAAGAAACACGGUUUGUGAUGGAAGGACCCUUGCAGCUGGCCCAGCCACCUGAUGGGCAAUGGGUGAAAAAGGGCAGCAAGACGUUAAAGUUCCAGAAGAUGCAAGUUCUCCUGAUGGUCAAUAUCAGGCGUGCAUCUGAGUCCAGUUUUGAACCGGGGGAGCCAGGCUCUGUGAAAGAUGCAGUAUUGGUACUUAUUCGGGAUAAGAACAAUGGGAAGUUCAGUUUGCUCAGGGAACCCUUGAGACUCAGCAACUGUGUGGUCUCUGUGGAUCCCAAUUGUGACGACGCAUUUGAACUGCUUGAGAUAAGACGGGAAUCCUUCAUAUUUCGAGACGGGGACAAGGCACGGACUCACCACUGGUUUAGGCAGAUAAGGAGAUACUCUCGGGAGCUGGGCUCCUGGAAGAAGCGGCGUAACGCUUUGCCCAAUAUCAUGAUAAGUGCAUCUCACAAUAGGUCAUGAGAAGGGCUGCCCAAGAAAUGACUUGGCCGAGCUCUGAAACUCCACUAGGCCUGCUUGAAUGUCUCUCGUCAGCCUAAUUGCACAAAGGAUGAACUUCAGCUAUCCAAAUAGCAUUUGGUGCUACCUAUGACCACUAUCUACUAAGAAGGACUUUCUAACAAGUGCUUUGUAGUGCUAUUUUCACACUGCAGGCUUAACUAAGGCCAAGGCGUAGUGCAUGUGUUCAUGCAACAUGGUAAGCUUGAUGGGUCUUUGGUUAGGCUUAGCAAAAUGUGCAACCAGUCCCAGACCAUUGACUAGUUUAUGGUUCCAUGUGUUGUGUGAACCCAGGAAGUGGAAUAAUGCAGGAAGUAGCUUAAGCCUGCGGUGUGAACCACAACCAGUGUUUUUGAAUCCUAGAAAAAACAAAUGAGUCCAUAUUUAAACUUGUUAGAUCUUCUUAUCACCUAGACACUAACCUAGAAUCCUCAGUGUGGAAGCUUAACCUGGAUACGCACAUAGGCAGAGUGUCCUCUUACAGCAUUCUUAGUUUGCAGAAUCCUCACCCUGGAACUCUUGAGAUUAAAUAACAGAGAACAAUUAGGGAUUUCACUGAUCUAAUCCUCUCUUUCAGCUUCAGCAGUUCUGUUCACAUAGAAGCACACUUUUGGGAAAUCUUGACUCUCUCUUCAUCACCUCAGUGUAAGAAUUCUAGCCUCCCUUUCCUGGGCCAGCACUCUUUUUGAAAAACAUGGGAGGAAUAAAAAAGUAAAGGCUCUGUGGAAGUGAAACUGCUGUCCCUAUUGUCAUAUUGAGAACCAACCCAUCGUUUAUAGAGCUGGUAGUAAGCAAGCAAGAAAACUACUUGCUUGAGAAUUUCCUAUACAGGUAGUCCUCGACUUACGACCAAUUGUUUAAUGACCCGUUUGGAGUUAACGAUGGCCUUGGAAGGGGGGAUUUAGGUCCCAUAAAGCACUUUCAGCUAUUGUGAAAUGUUGCUUUCCCCUGUGGUCACAUGACCAUAUUUCAGAUGUUGGGUGAUUGGCUCCCAUUUACGACUGAUUGCAGCAUCCUGCAAUCACACGAACACAAUUUGCAAUGGUUUUUGCCAGUUUCUGGCAAAAACCCCUCCCAUUUGGGAGAAUGGGUCCAGACUUAUGGACCGCAUGAUUCACUUAAUGACUGUUAUAAAGAUGGCUGUAAAAUUGGGUCUGGUUACGUGGGUGCCUCGACUUAUGACCAUCAUGACUUAUGAUCAAAAUUCUGGUCCCUGUUGCAAUCGUAAGUAGAGGACUACCUGCAAUCACUGAGUAAAGAUGUGCUGUUGGGGAUCGCAUCAGAAUAAAACAAAGAGAAGGCAUUCUGCUUUUGACCCCGGCCUAAAAAGUAUAGCUUGUCCUCGAUUUACAACAAUUUGUUUAGUGACCGUUCAAAGUUACAAUGCCACUGAAAAAUGUGACUUAGGACCAUGUUUUAACACUUAUGACCUUUGCAGCAUUCCCAUGAUCAGGUGAUCAA